AUGACUAUAGUCUGGGACACUAAAGACGGCAAAGUGCAAUACCCAUUCUUGUUUACUGUUGGUGGAGAAAACAAACAACAACAACAACAAUGUCAGUUUACAAGAGCAUACAAAACAGAUAAAGAAAAAGGUGAUCAUUGGUACCCACGUGUACCUGAUAAACAUUCGUUACAAACCAUCGAACCAUUAGAGACUCAUUUCGAAGUGACAAAGGAAGAGUUUUCAUCCAUUGGCUCAUUCUCUGCUUAUUGUGGCCAUUCCAUCUAUAUCAUUGGAGGUAAAGGUACACCAAAAAGAAUAGUCAAGGCAAAAUACCAAGCACAAGAGUCCAAGUUGGGUCAGUUCAACAUAAUGCCAUCUUCAUUGCUCUAUGAUUGCUACAAGUCGGCGUGUGGGCAGCCACGCUCAGAACCACAAUUCUUCUAUGUGAUGGGUGGCAAAAAGGACGGCAAGGCAUUUGCAGAGUGCCAGCGAUACGAUGCCGACCAAGGAUUGACAAUCAAGUUGGCCAGUCUCAAUGUGGCACGACACUCUGCUGGCAUCACAUUUGACCAUACCGCCCAAAUCAUCAUUGUCGCUGGUGGAGUUGGUAUCGAUGGCAAGGAAUUGGAUAGUAUAGAAGUAUACGACAAGUUAUUGGAUCAUUGGUUUUUAAUAGAUCGUCGUCUAGGACUACCAAAACGAAACAUUCAUAUUAUAAAUGACGAAGAUACCAGUAAAAUAUAUGUCUAUGGAGGUAGAUCAAAAUCAUCAUCACAUCAUGAUGCCAAUGGUGAAAGCCUCGAGGAGGAAUCACCAUUCUCUAUGAUGGAAGAUUCCAUAGAAUUUAUAGACAAAGAUAAUACAACAUAUUAUACACAAGUAGAGACUGUUUACUUGAUGAAUAGAGGAGAUGGUAGGAACAACAAUGUAGUGAAGGGGUAUUCUGAUACGGUACCCUUUAACUUUGAACAAUGUGUAUAUGACCAUCAAAAUGCAAUUGCCUAUUUGGUGGGUGGCACUAGGAUAUCCAACGGUCAACCAAUCGAAAUAAUACAUGCUGUCUUUAUAAAGAUAAAUUAUUUUAUCCCAAUGCAAACUUCACAAACCAAAAUAACUUUCAAUUCAGAUAUGGGAAUAUCAACUGUAGAAGGAAUGGCAACUGUAAUGGCUGCCCCCUGCAUCUUUCCUCCUCCUUGUUUUAUUGAUAUCCUUCCAAAUGGCAGACAAACUGAUGGCCCAGAUAUUUGGAGUUUGAAACGAGUGGAGGUAGAAUCGGCCACCUUCGAGAGAAAUGGACAAGUCUAUGAAAUUCCAAAUUCGUCUGUUGACUUUGAAGAUGAAGAUGGUGUGAUAUCCAUCAGAAUGAUGUUAAAGGAGCCACCACAAGGUGAAAUGCCACGUUAA